AUGAUCACCGAUGUUUAUGGUUUUAAUGGCUGUUGUGAUCGUCCACGACACGAUUAUAACCAAAGUAUAACAGUUCAGAUAGAAUUCGGAAUUAUCACUAUAAAUGGACUAGAUGAAAAACUACAGGUUAUGUCCCUGAAUGGUUAUCUUCUUGUCAGAUGGCGAGAUGAUUUUUUGUGGUGGAAUGUUAGUAAAUAUGGUCCUCAGAGGAAUAUUCGAGCAGAUCAAAUUUGGACGCCAGAUAUAAUGAUUUAUAAUGCUUAUAAUAAUUUUGGGAAGGUUGAAUUAUCACCAUCUAAGGUUAAAGUAUACAUUAACGGAACAGUUGUGUGGUUUCCCGGUGGACGCUAUCAAGUCAUAUGUAAAAUAAAUAUUCGUUUGUUUCCGUUUGAUAAUCAAACGUGUAGCAUUUUGAUUGGUCCGUGGGUAGAUGGAUUCAUACGCUUUGACGUAAUCAGGCAACCGUUUCUGCUUAAUUUCAAUUUUACCGAUCCCGAAUGGAUCUUAGUUAAAACCGAUUAUGUCUUUGUAGACUAUGUUGUAGCGUUCAGAUUUUAUUUAACCAGAAGAUAUAUAUUUUAUGUAAUCAACAUUAUUGUACCACUCGUGAUUUUAUCUUUACUUACAAAUUUGGUUUUUAUUUUACCGACGGAAUCUGGUGAGAAGGUUUCUCUAUCAAUCUCGAUUCUACUAUCUUACAUUGUCUUGAUGAAUUUAAUAUCAACUCUAUUACCAACUAACUCAGAUCAAAUCUGUUUAUUGUCUGUGUACAUCAUGGUUCUUAUCGUUCACAGUGCUCUCUCUACUAUAGCUACUGUGUUGGAAUUACAGUUGACAUAUUCUAAAGAGAAAUGCUGCAAUCAAAAGCCAUGUGGAGAAACAAAUGGCGGAAUGAAACAUCAUCGUCCGUCGCACAGAAAACUGAACAUCAUAGCUUUCGUGAUCAGUUUGUCAUUUACUAUAAUUGUUAAUAUUGUAUUUUAUUUCUUGAUUAUUUGA